GCCAGCCCGCGCAGCGACAGUGGCUGCGGCAGGGACUGUGCAUCGCAGGGCACAACAUGCGGGGCUUGUGGCCGCCGCCCCCGCUGGCCGCUGUGCUGUCGGCGCUGGGGAUGUCGACCUACAAGAGGGCCACGCUGGACGAGGAGGACCUGGUGGAUUCCCUCUCCGAGGGCGAAGUGUACCCCAACGGCCUGCAGGUAAACUUCCGCAGCCCCCGGAGCAGCCAGAGGUGCUGGGCCACAAGGACCCAAGUGGAGAAGCGGCUGAUAGUUCUGGUGGCUCUUCUGGCAGCAGGACUGGUGGCCUGCCUGACAGCACUGGGCAUCCAGUACCGGACAAGAACACCCCCGGUAUGCCUGAGUGAGGCCUGUGUGUCCGUGACCAGCUCCAUCCUGAACUCCAUGGACCCCACAGUGGACCCCUGUCAAGACUUCUUCAGCUAUGCCUGUGGGGGCUGGAUCAAGGCCAACCCUGUGCCUGAUGGCCAUUCACGCUGGGGGACUUUCAGCAACCUCUGGGAACACAACCAAGCCAUCAUCAAGCACCUGCUUGAAAAUUCUACAGCCAGUGUGAGCGAGGCAGAGAGGAAGGCCCAAGUGUACUACAGAGCAUGUAUGAACGAAAGCAGGAUUGAGGAGCUCAAGGCCAAACCCCUAAUGGAGCUGAUUGAGAAGCUCGGAGGCUGGAAUAUCACAGGACCCUGGGCCAAGGACAACUUCCAGGAUACCCUGCAGGUGGUCACUGCCCACUACCGCACCUCCCCCUUCUUCUCCGUCUAUGUCAGUGCCGACUCCAAGAACUCCAACAGCAACGUGAUCCAGGUGGACCAAUCUGGCCUGGGCUUGCCUUCCAGGGACUAUUACUUGAACAAAACCGAAAACGAAAAGGUGCUGACUGGAUACCUGAACUACAUGGUCCAGCUGGGGAAGCUACUGGGCGGGGGGGAUGAGGAUGCCAUCCGGCCCCAAAUGCAGCAGAUCCUGGACUUUGAGACAGCACUGGCCAACAUCACCAUCCCCCAGGAGAAGCGUCGGGACGAGGAGCUCAUCUACCACAAAAUGACGGCUGCCGAGCUGCAGACCUUGGCACCUGCCAUCCACUGGCUGCCCUUUCUGAACACCAUCUUCUAUCCUGUGGAGAUCAAUGAGACUGAGCCAAUUGUGGUCUACGACAAAGAGUACCUUGAGCAGGUCUCCACCCUCAUCAACAACACCGACAGAUGCCUGCUGAACAACUACAUGAUCUGGAACCUGGUGCGGAAAACAAGCUCGUUCCUUGACCAGCGCUUUCAGGAUGCCGACGAGAAGUUCAUGGAAGUCAUGUAUGGUACCAGGAAGACCUGCCUUCCCCGCUGGAAAUUUUGCGUGAGUGACACGGAAAACAACUUAGGCUUCGCCCUGGGCCCCAUGUUCGUCAAAGCGACCUUUGCCGAGGACAGCAAGAACAUAGCCAGUGAGAUUAUCCUGGAGAUCAAGAAGGCAUUUGAAGAGAGCCUAAGCACCCUGAAGUGGAUGGAUGAAGACACCCGGAAAUCUGCCAAGGAGAAGGCGGAUGCCAUUUACAAUAUGAUAGGCUACCCCAACUUCAUCAUGGACCCCAAGGAGCUGGACAAAGUCUUCAACGAUUACACCGCAGUUCCAGACCUCUAUUUUGAGAAUGCCAUGCGAUUUUUCAACUUUUCAUGGAGGGUCACAGCUGACCAGCUCAGGAAAGCCCCCAACAGAGAUCAGUGGAGCAUGACGCCUCCCAUGGUGAAUGCUUACUACUCACCCACCAAGAAUGAGAUUGUGUUUCCGGCCGGGAUCCUGCAGGCGCCGUUCUACACCCGCUCCUCGCCCAAGGCCUUGAACUUCGGUGGCAUCGGUGUUGUCGUGGGCCACGAGCUGACGCAUGCUUUUGAUGACCAAGGCCGGGAAUAUGACAAGGACGGCAACCUCCGGCCCUGGUGGAAGAACUCCUCAGUGGAGGCCUUCAAGCAGCAGACGGAGUGCAUGGUGGAGCAGUACAGCAACUAUAGCGUGAACGGGGAGCCCGUGAACGGCCGCCACACGCUCGGGGAGAACAUUGCUGACAAUGGGGGCCUCAAGGCAGCCUAUCGGGCUUACCAGAACUGGGUGAAGAAGAAUGGGGCUGAGGAGACGCUGCCCACGCUGGGCCUCACCAACAAUCAGCUCUUCUUUCUGGGCUUCGCGCAGGUCUGGUGCUCAGUCCGCACCCCGGAGAGCUCCCACGAAGGCCUCAUCACGGACCCCCACAGCCCCUCCCGCUUCCGAGUCAUCGGCUCCCUGUCCAAUUCCAAGGAGUUCUCAGAACACUUCCACUGCCCGCCUGGCUCCCCCAUGAACCCGCAGCACAAGUGUGAGGUCUGGUAAGGAGCAAAGCAAAGAGAGCCAAGGCAGAGGAGGGGCAGGGGCUGAGUACAAGUCCUGGGGGUGGGGCUGCCAGUCUGCCCCCUCCUGCUGGCCUCAAAGGCAUGGCCCAGCCCCCUUCCUCCAUGGAGGGAUUAUAGCUGUCACCUUGCUGCCCAAGAUGGACAUUCUCAGCAUUACCUAAGAUUGUUCCCCGUGAAGAUCUGUCAUCCUAGGCACUUGUGCGCCAACUUAGUGACUUUUGGGUGUCAGGCUCGUGUUCACCAGGCCUGGCCCCACAACGACAAGGGUGAUGGAGCACAGCCCCUCACCCACAUCCAGCGCCAGAUAUACCACAAGCACCACUGUGUCAAAUGCUUUAAAGAUAUAUUUUUGGGGAAACUAUUUUUUAAACAUUGUGGAAUACACUGGAAAUCUUCAGGGAAAAAAAUGCAUUUAAAACACUUUUUUUAAGGAAAGGAUUGGUAUAUUUAUUAUGUUCUGUUUUUCUAAAUAACCUGUGGACAAAGGAAGCCCCCAGUGAGAUACCCUUCACUUUGAGGCUGGGCUGAGGCAGGGACCCCCCAGGCUGCUGAGCAGGUCCCCACAUACAGCUGCCUUGGCCCUUGGGGUAUGCAAGCCGAGCUUCUGCAUCACCCACACAGAUAGGAGGCUGGGGGCCAAGCAGAGGGAGAAGACAGUCCAACCCUGGGAACCCCAGCAAGGAAGGUCUGAUCUCCAGUAUCUCAGCAGGGGACUGGUGGCUGCACCAGAAAGAAGCCAGGCCAGGGCCCUUGAACAUGAGCAGAGAGUGCCCAAGGACCCUGGGGGUGGGCUGACCCUCCCCAUCAGUUGCACUGCUGUCCAUAGAUGUCCUUUCCCAUCUUUCUCUGUUGGUCACCGCAUGUCUGUCCCAGGGACCCGUUGCCUAUCUGUAGCAAUGCUCCCAUCCCAGCCACUUUGGGGUCUGCCUUGUUGCUCCUCUUCCCAGGGGAAGGAGAAAAGGAGCCUCCGCUCUAGUCUCCUGCAAGGUAUGGACUGCCCUCAGCCCCUCACCCACCUGGCCGGGCCCCAGGGCCGGCUCACCAGUGCCUUAUUAUUAUUGAGGCUGCGGCCCUGAGUGCUACCAAGGAGAUAGCCCUGCCCCAGAGGCCCUUAGCCUCCUCAGCGGGUCCCCCAAAUGUCCUGACAGAAAACCACACUCCUGGUGCCCAUAGGGUCACCCCUCACUGCUCCCAGGCUACAGCCCCUGAAUUCCCCUGGAUUGGACCAAGACUACCCAUAGCUGAGUGCGUUCCUCUCCUUAUGGGUACUGUUAGCCAAAAGAGACUGUGAGGGGAAGUUCCCCCAAGCCCAUGCAGCCAGUAUGUCACCUAUAGGGGGAGGAAGAAUGACAUCCCCUCCAUGGGGCCACAGCUUCUCACAUAGGAGAGACCUGGGCUGUACCGGGUGGAGCUCAGUGUGCCACUGAGACAUGCUUAGGGAAGCCAGCCCCAGGGACAGGCAGGGCAGCUCCUCAGUGCCCCUGGCCAGGCCUUCCAAUGUCUCAUGAGACACAGACAGCACAGUGACCACCCUGACAGCCUUGGCUUAGCCUCAGAGAAGGAACGAGGGGUUGGAAGAAGCCCUAUUGGAGGCCCCUGGGCACUGGCAGCAAGUUCAAGGCCUGACAGCUCUUCCAGGGCAAGACGAGACAGGAACCAGGGAAGGAGCUGGAGCCUAGUGCCAGCCAUGUACAGAUGUGCCCUUCCCAGUUUGAUCCCCUCUACACCUCCUCUCCCUCUACCCUCUGCCUUCCCCAUGGAGGGGGCAGUCUGGAAAGUGUCAACACAGCUUUGGGGAAGCCAGUGUUAUUGUGCCCAUUGUGUUGAGGGUGGGAGCUGGGAGCUGGGGGACAGGUGUGGCUGGAGGUGCAGGAGCAGAGGCAGCUGCACGCGGGCCUCCUCCCAUAGGUCAGAAGCCGUGGGCUGGCUUCUCUGUGGGUACGCAGACGUGGGGGUUGGAACUGGGAAUCUAUUUUUUGUAUUAUGUCUCGUGCUACUGUAGUUUUUGUGUGGCACUAUUGUAAUUGAAAUAAAGUACUUGUACCCGG